AUGAUGAGGCUCACAGCCAGGGCCGCGGCGCCGCCAUGGCACUUCCUGCUGCUAUCGCUGCUGUGGGUGCUGGCGCUCGCAAAGGACGCCCCCAAGCUGUCCGUCACCAAAUUCGAGCACCCGCCACUGGGCCUUAGCUACUUUGAAGACAGCGACAUUGUUGUUUUCCACGAUGUAGAUGCGGGCAUUAUAUACCGGUCCAACGAUGCCGGGGCCAAUUGGGCCAAGAUCGAAGCAAUCCCCGAAGGCGAAGCUCUUUUACUCACUACGCAUCCUUUCGAAUCGAAAUCGGCAUUUGUCCUGACCAUGGGUAAGCACCACUAUAAGACCGAUGACCAAGGCAAGACCUGGUCCAAGUUCGAGACCCCGGUCGUCGCCAGCCGAUUUCAGCACGAGAUCUUGGUUUUCCAUGCAGACGACCCCAAGCGGGUCAUAUUCAAUGGCAUGGAGUGCGAUGGCAUCUUUUGCGACGAGCAAGCGAUUUAUACCACAGAUGGCUUCAAAUCAGUUGAGCUACUCCGUGCCUUUACGGCUGGAUGUUGGUGGGCCAAGCAGGCGCCAGAGUUCACGACUGGCGAUGCGGAGCUGGACAAGAAGCGAGUACUCUGCAUCAUCAAAGAUCCCUUCUCCCUCUUUGUGGAGGACCAGCGACUGGUCAUCUCUGAUGAUUUCUUCGCUGUGGUCGACAAAGAGGUGCAGGAAUUCGAGCCCAACAUCGACAUGAGCAAGGGAGUGGGCGGCGUGGCCAACAUCGCCGCCGUCAAGAGCUACAUCCUUGUUGCUACCUCGUCGUUCCAGAGUGACGAGAUGGCCUUGUACGUUACUGACGACACUCUCAAGUGGCACCGCGCCAUGUUCCCGACCAGCGACAACCAUGACCACUCGCACCAGAUCAACCAAGAGGCAUACACUGUUCUGGAAAGUACCAACUACAGCAUUCAGAUUGACGUCAUGACUUCUUCACCGUCAAACCCCAUGGGCGUUUUGUUUACAAGUAAUUCUAACGGCACCUACUUCACCGAAAACGUUCCUUACACCAACCGCAACAACAAGGGACAUGUCGACUUUGAGAAGGUCCAAGGGAUUCAGGGAAUCUUCAUCGUCAACGUGGUAGAUAACGGCGCCGAUGUAGACAAGAAAGGCGCCGAGAAAAAGGUCGUUACCCAAAUUUCCUUUGACGACGGCAGGACUUUUGAGUCGAUCAAGGCCGGCGAUGAUAGAAUUCAUCUUCACUCAGUCACCGAACUCGAUAACGUGGGGAAAGUUUUCACUAGCCCUGCCCCGGGACUUGUUAUGGGCAACGGAAAUACGGGCAAGUCUCUUGGCAAAUUUGCAGAUGCCAACCUCUAUGUCUCGGAUAAUGCUGGUAUGACUUGGAAAGAGGCUUUGAAAGGGCCUCACAAGUACGAAUUCGGUGAUCAGGGAUCGAUUCUUGUUGCCGUCAAAGAUUCCAGGAAGGACGAUGUUUCUGAGUUCUCCUACUCUUUGGACCAUGGAGAGCACUGGGAAUCAGUCUCAUUGCCCGAUAAGCUUACCAUCAAACCCGACCUCCUCACGACAACGCAGGAUUCGACCAGCUUGAAGUUUCUCCUCAUCGGUGAAAAAGAAAAAGCCUUUCACAUGAUUGCUAUUGACUUUGGAGCCCUGGACAAGCGGACUUGCGAGGAUAAAGACUUGGAAGAUUGGUUUGCGCGCGUGGAUGACGAUGGAAAGCCAACCUGCAUCAUGGGUCACAAGCAAACCUACCGUCGCCGGAAGAAGUCAGCAGACUGCUUCAUCAAGAGUGACUUCAAAGAUCCAGUUGCCAGCACCGAAGAUUGCGAGUGUACUGAUGCAGACUUUGAGUGUGAUUACAACUUCAGAAGAGAUCCCGAUGACAACAAGGUUUGCAACAAAGUUGGGCCCAUUGCUGCCCCCGAAGGCACCUGCAAAGACAAAUCCGAUACAUUCAAGGGCUCUUCUGGCUGGAGGCUCAUCCCCGGCAAUACCUGCAAGCGAACCAAGGGUGACCAGAAAGAUGAUCCGGUCGAGCGCAAGUGUGACGAUAUUACCGUACCGGGCGUACCGGGCACACCGUCUUCUCCGGCAAACGGAGAGGUUACACACAAGCAAUUUGUCUUUGAUGAGACCAAGCUUCAAGAUUUCCAGAAGAUCUAUCUUGACAGGAGCGAUGCUAGUGCCUCCAAUGAUGAAACUAUUAUUGUUAGACCUGCCGAAGAUGAAGGAAAUGGUCGCUUAAAAAUUGAGUCCAAGAUCUGGAUAACCCACGACCAUGGUAAGACUUUCAAACGUAUAUUGGAAGGCGAGAAAAUCCACGGAAUCUAUCCUCAUCUCUAUCUCAAAGAUGUGGUUUACUUCACUAUCAAGGACAGCGACAAAGUCAUCUAUUCUAUUGAUCGUGGCCAGAGCUUCCACAGCUUCAAAGCACCAACGGAACUUGGAGAUGGACUUCCUUUGGCUUUCCAUCCUGACAAGAAAGACUGGCUUAUCUGGAUUGGUAAGACUUGCGACAAGAUCGGAGGAGAGCAAACCUGUUUCAAAGAAGCGUCAAUCUCCAUCGAUCGCGGUGACAAUUGGAAGACGAUGCUUCGCUUUGCAGAGAAAUGCGAGUUCACUGGCCACUCGGCCUACAACUUCCGGCCUCAUAAGCAGGUCAUCUGCCUGGCCAGAGCAGAAGAGAACAGUGACGCUAAGCUGGCUAUCAUAACCAGCGACGACUUCUUCCAAGAGGAUAAAUUCGUCUACGAUGGCCCAGUGAUCAACUUUGCAACCAUGAAUGAAUUCAUCGUUGUAGCUGGCAGGGAUCCUGAGACUGAAGAUAUGCACGCUCUUGCUAGUCUUGACGGAAAGCACUUUGAAAAGGCGCACUUUCCGUACAACUUCCACGAAGGCCAUGAGAAUGAGUACACAGUACUUGACAGCUCCACUCAUGCCAUCAACCUGUUCGUCCGUACCGAGGGCGGCGCCGACAGAGAGUAUGGCUCAGUCAUUAAGAGCAAUUCCAACGGCACGUCGUAUGUCCUCAGCGCCGCCAAUGUUAACUGCAACGAGGAGUCGUAUGUCGACUUUGAAAAGAUUGCAGGCAUCGAGGGCGUCACUUUGAUCAACGUUGUUUCGAACGCCGGCAAGGAUGAGAAGACAAAGGAUCUCCAGACCAAGAUUUCCCACAAUGAUGGCUCCGAAUGGGGCUACCUUGCACCCCCCGCCAAGGAUGUGGAUGGAAAGUCCUAUCAGUGCAGCAGCUCCAAGGGAGACGAGUCGUGUGCCCUACAUCUGCACCACUACACUGAGCGAGAUGAUAAGAGAAAGACGUUUGCAGCGGCUACGGCUGUGGGCCUUGUAUUUGGUAUUGGUAAUGUUGGGCCUAAGCUUGGCAACAUCAAGGACUCGGAUACCUUCAUGUCGACUGACGGCGGCAUCUCUUGGAAGAACGUCAAGAAGGGUAGUUGGUCGUGGCAGUACGGAGACCAGGGUUCAAUUAUUGUUCUCGUCCAAAGGUACACAAGCAACAACCCGGUCAAGACCCGCUAUGUCUCUUAUUCGACAGAUGAGGGCAACACAUGGAAGAACUUGGAGUUCGCCGAUUCGGACGUAUCGGUCCUAGACAUUACCACCCUAAGAUCUGGUACUUCCCGCAACUUUUUGCUUUGGUGUAAGUCCGGUCGAAACAGGCUUUUUUCCGUGAACCUUGAUUUCACUGGCUUGGCCGACAAGGCUUGCGAAUUCACCAAAAGCGGCGACUCGGAUUACUAUCUGUGGUCUCCCAAGCACCCUCUGCAGGAUGACGAUUGUUUAUUUGGACACGUCGCCAAGUAUCUGCGCAAAAAGACGGACCGCAAGUGCUACAAUAAGCAGAGUCUUCAGCGUCUUUACGAGCACGAAGACUGUGCUUGUAGCCGACGAGAUUAUGAAUGUGAUUUCAAUUUCGAAUUAGAUAACCAUGGGCAGUGCCAGCUCGUCAAUGGCUUCACGCCCAUUACCGGAGCUGAAUGGUGCGACAAGUACCCUAACGAGACGUCGUACUAUGAACCGACGGGCUACCGUAGAGUUCCUCUGUCGACCUGCAGUGGUGGCAAUGAGCUGGAUAAGACGUCAACCGAGCAUCCCUGCAAGGGCCAUGAGGACGAAUUCAAGAAGAAGCACCGCACAUCUGGUGUUGUAAUCUUCUUCGCCGUCAUCAUUCCUUUUGCUCUCGCCGGCAUAAUGGGCUGGUAUGUAUACCGCAACUGGAACGGCAAGUUUGGCCAGAUCCGUCUUGGAGAGAACUCGACGACUUUCGACAGCGAUCAGCCUUGGGUCAAGUAUCCCAUCAUUGCCGUGUCAGCUGUCGCAGCAGUAGUCGUCUCCUUGCCAGUGAUGCUGUCCAGCUUGGGCCGCUUGGCAACCAGCUCCUUUGGGCGAUACAGCCAGGGAAAUGACCGCAGCUGGUUCUCAAGAGGAACAAGGAGGUUCACCACACGGGAUAGUUUUGCUCGUGGGCGAGGCGACUACUCGGCUUUGGAUGAUGAGGGUGAGCUGCUGGGUGAGGAGAGCGAUGAGGAGGUAUAA